CGUUGUCGUGGUAGUAGUACGAAAUUGGAAGAGAUUUAAAAAAAUCUGUCACGACUAGAUGCACCGGUAGAUGUAAUGCCUCUAACUACGGUACUAGUCCUGUACUUGUACUCUUGCUAUCAUUUUUGUUCUGCACAGAAAGCAAUCUGGAUACGAGUUCAUCAUCACACCGUUACGAUAAUCUAGACCAGCAAAGAAGCAAACGCCAGUAGAAUUUGCAAUCAUGAACGGGGAAACUUUUAAUGUAGACCCGGAUUUUUCCGUUAUUUUCGGGUGCAGAUCGUCCCUUUCUCUGGUCGGACUGACGACAGCAGUGGUCGGCUAUUGGUUGAUGGAGAGAAAAUGGGACAACGAGGGAACAGGUGCACUGGAAAAGCCAGACCAAAGAGUAGAGAACGAAGCCGGAAACGGAAUUUACAUCCACAUGUACGAUCCAAAUAGGGUGGUGGCACAGGGUUUCCACCCCAGCGGAGAGCGAGAUCUCGUUCGGGUUCGCACCGACGACAGCGAAGACAAGCGGUACCACCCGGGCCAAGCGGCGUCCAACAGCACAGAGCCGAUCCAAUCUCUCGAGGCUGCGAAAUACUACUCUUCUCCAGAUAUUUUAUACGCCAAGCUGGCACACGCUCUCCCCGUACCAAGAACGAUGCUGGUCGGAUUCGGCUUGUGGAGUCUGAGUUUCUUUCUGGAUCCAUCCCUCGGAGGAUUUCGGUUUUACGCCAACUUCUGGAACAGUUGUUGCUUCAUAUUUUCCGGAUUGCUGGGAGCAAUCCUGGGUUUUCCGAUGCGUACCGCUACACUUGAACGAGAUGCCGAACAAAAGAAGAAAGCAAUGGCAGCGUUCGUCGCAUGUUCGGUAUUGCUUUGGAUCGUGGCCAUCGUUGACCCGGAGGUCGAUGGACCUUGGUAUUUUAACGUUUUUGGAGGUAAGUGUUAUUAGGCUACGAAUGAUGCUUGUUGCAGAUUAUGCUUUAUCUUGUGACAUACGCUGGUUGUUGAUAGCUGACAAGUAACCAACGAAUCUUUGUUUUUUCUUUAAAACCUAGUUUUGUUUAUUCUUUUGUCCUAUCCGGCAUUCAUGGCAUCCCGCAAGAUGGGAUAUACGUGGUUUACCGAAGGGAAACCGAGAAGCACGGCUAGCAUCACGAUUCAAAACAUGGGACCGUUGCUCUUGAUUUUUGGUGUGUUUCUUCUUUGGGUGGGGACAAACGCAAUUUACAUGGUCGACUUGAACCAAUCCUACAUACCGUUUUGGACCACGGCAGUCCGCGGCUGGGUCGUCUUCAUCGCCGGCAUGUUCCUCAUUGUUCCUGCUCACAUGGCACUGGAUCGCGCAUUUGAUCAGGGCAGCCAGCCCGUCGUCCCGGGUUUCAGAGAUACGUAUGUGUACAAAAUGGAUGGAACUACUUUCGCGGCCCUGGCUCGGGAAAACAUCACUCGUUUCGAUCUUGCCUGGAUGGCUAGGCUGCUCGAGACACCGCUGCUGGGAUCCAUUGGGUGGAUUUUGAUGGGGCUGUGCAGCUUCAUGCCAUUUGGCAUCAUGGACCCGACGAUCCAGAAAUUCUUUACCAUGUUUCUCUGUUUCGCAGUACCACCCGUUCAGUUCGUGUUGCUAACUCCCGCCUUUUGGAGAUCGGACAGGGCAGACUUCUUAAAGUGGAUGCGUGUGUAUUGCGCGCUGAUGGUAGCAUUGGUCGUUGCCAUUGGACAUUCCAGCGGAAUCGCCUUUCUAUUUUCCUUCAUCGGUAUGGGGUUGAUCUAUGGGGGCAAGCGAAAAGAUUUUCACGACGAGCGCAAACGAGGGAACCUUUGGUUGACCGAAUCGCCGCCAUCGGCGAAUCCCAGCCCCCAGGUGUACGGGCUCGGCCAGCCGUUGCACGUUCUUGGAUGGAUUUUGUUCUGUACGGCCAUGUCCGUACCGAUGUAGGGUUUUCUCCCGGAGCGUUCUCUUUUUUGUCCAUUCGCAGUAGAAGUAUUCGAUAGGUACACGUAUUUCAAUGUAUAUUAUCUCUUGACCUUAAUACUAGUAGCACAAGGAUUCGUGUAGGUAUUAUUAGACAUCAAAAGAAUGGUGCAGGAAGACACACGACUUCAACUAAAUUUUUUACAGUAAU